UCGUGUACCACAUUCGAGGGGGGCAGAGGCAGAGGGGGAAAGUGCGCCGGUUCUCUCGCUCUCGCUUCGCCUUCACGCAGGCAGCGCCGCUCUCAGGGGCGUGUGCCUCUGCGGGGCUGCCUUGCCUCGCCUCCAUUGAGUCUCCGCGGCCGGAGUUGGGAAGAAGGAUGCUGCCGGAGCCGGAGGCGCUUCCCCCCGUCCUCCCGCCUCUGCCAUCUCCAGCUCCCUCAGACUUCUUGGCCAGACUAUGAAAUGACCAUUCCUGCUCACCUCGCAGCAGCAGCAGCAGCAGCAGCAGCUCCCACCGCCCGGACCCCGCUCUUGCCGCUCGCGCUUUGGGCGAAAGGGCGCCCGUCUUGCCUGAGGAGGAGCCCCAGCUGGGUCUACCGGCCAAGUCAAGGCGGCUAAGGGAAGAGAGUUGGCGAGGCUGGCGGGCGAAGCCCGUUUCGGAGUGGCUGCUUCUCCUUCCACCUCACACAGACACGCGCGCGCCCCUCUGUGCCCAAGUGUGCCGAGGCGGGAGCGGGAAGGCGCUGCUACCGCCGCCGCCGCGCGCGUUUCCUCUCCCGAGGUCUCUCUCUGAAGUCUCGGGCCACUUCGCCAACUGCUCCCGCUCCGCUUCGCCCUCAGGAAAAGUCGCGAGGGCGGCGGCGCUUCCAGGUGGGCCCGUGGCCGACGCAGCAGCCCAUCACCGCGGAGAAAGUAGGGGCGGGAGGGUGGGGUUGGGGCACCGGCGAGCUGGACUUCGGCUUUGGGGUUUUGCUGCUUCCUCCAGCAGCAGCAGCAGCCAUGGCGAAAGGACUGGAAGCCGCUGCCGCCGCCCGCUACGGACUGGGACUGGGAUACUUACUGCAAAUGCUCGUGCUGCCCGCCUUGGCCAUCCUGAGCGCUAGCAGCCCCGGCUCCGCCGCGCAAGAUGAUGACUUUUUUCAUGAGCUCCCAGAAACCUUCCCUUCGGACCCUCCAGAGCCACUUCCUCACUUCCUCAUUGAGCCUGAAGAGGCGUACAUCGUGAAGAACAAACCCGUGAACCUGUACUGUAAAGCUAGCCCUGCCACCCAGAUCUACUUCAAAUGCAACAGUGAAUGGGUUCACCAAAAAGACCACGUGGUAGAUGAAAGAGUUGAUGAAACAUCUGGACUGAUUGUUCGAGAAGUAAGCAUUGAGAUUUCCCGCCAGCAAGUUGAAGAACUCUUCGGACCAGAAGAUUACUGGUGCCAGUGUGUGGCUUGGAGCUCAGCAGGUACUACGAAGAGCCGGAAGGCCUACGUUCGUAUCGCAUAUCUGCGAAAGACUUUUGAGCAAGAGCCACUUGGAAAGGAAGUAUCCUUGGAACAGGAAGUCCUUCUCCAGUGUCGGCCACCUGAAGGAAUCCCAGUUGCUGAGGUUGAGUGGCUGAAAAAUGAAGAGGUGAUUGAUCCCGUUGAAGACCGGAAUUUUUACAUCACUAUUGACCACAACCUGAUCAUAAAGCAGGCGCGCCUCUCCGACACAGCCAAUUAUACUUGUGUUGCCAAAAACAUUGUGGCCAAGAGGAAGAGCACGACUGCUACUGUCAUUGUCUAUGUCAAUGGAGGAUGGUCAACCUGGACCGAGUGGUCCAUCUGCAACAGCCGUUGUGGAAAAGGCUCCCAGAAGCGCACAAGAACCUGUACCAACCCUGCUCCACUCAAUGGCGGUGCCUUCUGUGAAGGUCAAAGUUUGCAGAAAAUAGCUUGUACCACAUUGUGUCCAGUAGAUGGAAGGUGGACACCGUGGAGUAAAUGGUCUACCUGCGGAACAGAGUGUACCCACUGGCGCAGGAGGGAAUGCAUGGCCCCAGCACCAAAGAAUGGGGGGAAAGACUGUGAUGGCCUUGUCUUACAGUCCAAGAACUGCACAGAUGGCCUGUGUAUGCAGAGUUUCAUUUACCCUAUUUCAACCGAACAGAGAACCCAGAAUGAAUAUGGAUUUUCUUCUGCUCCUGAUUCAGAUGACGUAGCUCUCUAUGUCGGGAUUGUGAUAGCCGUGAUCGUGUGCCUGGCUAUUUCAGUGAUCGUCGCAUUAUUCAUCUACAGGAAGAACCACCGGGACUUUGAGUCGGAUAUUAUAGACUCCUCAGCGCUAAAUGGUGGAUUUCAGCCUGUUAAUAUCAAAGCUGCGAGGCAAGACCUCCUAGCUGUGCCUCCAGACCUCACUUCUGCUGCAGCCAUGUAUAGGGGCCCCGUCUACGCUUUGCAUGAUGUGUCAGAUAAAAUCCCAAUGACCAACUCACCCAUUCUUGAUCCACUUCCCAACUUGAAGAUCAAGGUGUUCAACAAUUCGGGUGCAGUCACUCCACAGGAUGAGCUGUCCGACUUUUCGUCCAAACUCUCCCCGCAGAUCACUCAAUCCUUGCUGGAUAACGAAGCAUUAAACAUUAAAAACCAGAGUCUUGCACGGCACACAGACCCAUCGUGCACUGCUUUUAGCACCUUCAACUCUCUUGGAGGUCAUCUGAUUGUACCAAAUUCAGGAGUAAGUUUGCUGAUUCCUGCAGGGGCCGUUCCCCAGGGGAGAGUCUAUGAAAUGUAUGUGACAGUUCACCGAAAAGAAAACAUGAGGCCACCAAUAGAAGACAGCCAAACCCUUUUGACCCCUGUGGUGAGCUGUGGACCUCCAGGAGCACUGCUGACCCGCCCUGUCAUUCUGACAAUGCACCACUGUGCGGAACCAAACACGGAAGACUGGAAGAUCCAGCUGAAGAACCAAACUGCCCAGGGACAGUGGGAGGAUGUGGUAGCUGUUGGAGAAGAAAACUUCACCACCCCAUGCUACAUUCAGUUGGAUCCAGAAGCCUGCCAUAUCCUGACAGAAACUCUCAGCACCUACGCCUUGGUAGGGCAGUCGAUCACCAAAGCAGCUGCCAAGCGUCUCAAGCUGGCCAUCUUUGGACCACUGAUCUGCUCAUCCUUGGAAUAUAACAUCCGUGUCUACUGCCUGGAUGACACCCAAGAUGCCCUUAAGGAGGUGCUACAGCUGGAGCGGCAAAUGGGUGGACAGCUGCUAGAAGAACCAAAGGAUUUGCAUUUUAAGGGUAGCACUCAUAACCUCCGCUUAUCCAUUCAUGAUAUCACCCAUUCCCUCUGGAAAAGCAAGCUGCUGGCUAAAUACCAGGAAAUUCCCUUUUACCAUAUCUGGAGUGGAUGUCAAAGAAACCUACAUUGUACCUUCACCUUGGAAAGGUUCAGUCUGAACACACUAGAGCUGGUGUGCAAACUUUGCAUACGACAGGUUGAAGGAGAAGGGCAGAUAUUCCAGCUCAACUGUUCAGUAUCAGAGGAACCUACUGGCAUUGAAUAUCCACUCAUGGACCCAGCAAACACCAUCACCACCGUAGUAGGACCUUGUGCAUUCAGUAUCCCCCUCCCAAUCCGACAGAAGCUUUGCAGCAGCCUAGAUGCUCCUCAGACAAGAGGUCAUGACUGGAGGAUGCUGGCCCACAAACUGAAAUUGGACAGGUACCUCAAUUAUUUUGCUACAAAAUCAAGUCCCACCGGUGUGAUCUUAGACCUUUGGGAAGCUCAGAAUUUCCCUGAUGGGAACCUGAGCAUGCUGGCCGCAGUCUUGGAAGAGAUGGGAAGACACGAGACAUUCGUUUCACUGGCACCAGAAGGAAAGUACUGAGGCAACCUUAGGAGGAGAAGGAAGGAAUGUUAACCACGUCGGCUGUGACUAACUCAAACCGAGCACCCCAGACCAAUGCGUUCCAAUGCAAGAGGCAUUCCAGAGUGGGGGGAAAGAAACAAAAUCCUGACUUUUCACAUGCAUUCUCCUUGUACAUUAUAACAGGAUUUAAAAGAAAUCUCACAAAGUUGUUACCUUGAUAAUAUAAUUCAAUCUAACAUUCCUCUCAGCUUGGCUGUACACUGCUUGGUACAGGAUUUUACAGUUUCCUAGGAAACGCUUUUUAUUGCUAUCCAGAUAUAUGGAUAAACUUUCUUAACAAUCCCAGUUUCUAUGAACAUUGUUUACAUCAAAUCCUGGGCAGCGGGAUGGAAAGGACUAUCCAUGGCUCUCUUUUAUAUAUAUAUCUAUAUUUUCUUCUUCUUUUGUUGAAAGCCAUUCUAGACCAAGCCAUGGACAAAGCAGGGUUGUGGCUAUUUUCAGAUAAGUCAGUUCCUAACACCCAUCUCAAAUGCAUUUCAUGGUUGCAAAUCUGCCCAUCAGAUGUCUUAAAAUAAUCCGUCACCAGACUGCUUCCUAGAUUGAGUUGUUAAGCCAGAGUUUUAAAUUUGUGCACCUGGCAAGGAGAUAAUGUAGAUUCUGAGCAGGAAUGCAAGUACCUCUCCCUACCUUCCCCAGGGAUGCCUGUGCCCCUUGGUGACUUAAACUGCAGGGAGCUUUUCUCCCAGCUCACAGUGUCCCCUGCCUCCAUCAUCAAAGUGUGGGUGUGUGGGUGUAUGUGAUAUGCAAUUUGGCGUGGUUGGGGGGGAGAGGGAAGAAACCCUACCAAAAAGGGGGAGGAGAAGAAAAAAAGAAUUUGCUUGUAUGGUUAUUUACUGAAUAGUACCUAGUGCAAAGAAUAUUAUAUUUCUUAUUAUUGCUACUAUUAUUUUUGCUUUCCAGAUUUAUCCACAGCAUUAAUCAUUUGAGCAAUGGCAGCACCCACCCUGGAAGCUGUAUGUGGCUGCCAAGGGUCUCCUAAUCCCUUCUAAUGGAAGCUUUCAUCCCCUCUCUGUCCUUUUCUAGCUCUUUGGUUCCCAUCAAAAUCAGUUCCAGUGAGCUAUUGAAUGGGUUGCUAUCAAACUGCAAGCCUUUCGCGCUGCAAACUUGCCUUUUCCAUGUGGAUUGUAAUGCAUUCAUAUUUAUAACAGAGGCCAACCUAUGUAGACCAUUUCGCGCAAAUGAGAUAUUUCACAUGCAAGAAACACUGCAAGUUGAUCUGCCCAUACUCAUUUCAAGACGUUCUCUAGUGUGAUGCUGGCUUCUCUUUCUGUUUGCCAUAAACCAAAGUAUCAUGCAAGUCAAGGGGGGCGGGGUGAAUUUGCAGUUUAACUGACCAAUCCUAGGCGUUAUCACCACUUUAACAAUAUUGGCUUCAUAUUCCUAUGUUUAUAGAGGGGUCCUUCCAGUUAUUGGUCUCAAUCCAAAGAUGCAUUUUAUUUUAUUAUUAUUUUUAAAAAAGCUUUCCAUGCAAGUUAUUGCAUGCUAGUGGAUGACAGUUUGGCUUGCAUACACUCGUUUAUUUCUAAAGGUAGGGACAAAUGUCAAUGAGUUGCUAAGUUUAAGGGCAGAUAACUUGUUUGUGUGGCAUCGCAGACCUUUUAAAGUGGAUUAAGUCUCUGCAUAAACAAUGGAAUACUGUGAGUUCCAUUGCACGGCUAUGAACUCUAAUCAGACUGUGCAUCUGCAAGGCCCAUCAGUGGGACCGAUGUUGAUUUCACGUAGAAAUAAAUGUGAGAUUCUCGAGAAAAGACUUUUUUACAAAAUGAGAAUGUCAGAGUUGGACAGUGAUGGAGCAGAAUUCAGUUCUCAGUUACACACAGUGGCCUUUUACAAACCUUGUAAUCUCCCUGCAUCCCAUUUUAAAUGAACACCUUGGGGUCAGUGAAGCACUGUCGUGUCCUCAAGUUAGAAUAGCAAGGGCAGAAUCAUCCCUUUCAUUUUGAUUUCUUGGUUUCUUUUCCCAUGCCAUACUUGUUCUCAGAAUUGUUUGUCAGAUGAGUUCGUUUUCUUUGCUGCUCUGUGCAAGGAUGUGCUUUCAGUCCAUGCUCCCUGUCAGAUGCUUUGAAGUGUUAGGACACCUGUUGCCUGUUGACAAAUGAAAUUGGUGGUGAUUCAGUUGGAGCCCUUACAUAUUAAGAAGAGGGUCUUCUCUGAAAAAACAGGGUGCCCCUCUUUGGCUUCUGUUUACAACUUCCCCUGCCUCUCUCUUCCUGUAUUAGAAGAGCUCUCUUACCAUCCCCACUUGCCUGAGGCCUCAAGUCCAGCAAGCUGAUAUUUGGAUCAGUAUGAUUUCAUUUCUCUGAAGGUAACUGAAAAUGCCACUGGUUAACACACAAGGUGGAUUUUGCCUGACCUUUCCCCCAUUUUGACAUUUCCACAGGUUUUUCUGUUCUGCCCAGUGACCGUGUUUUUAUUAAACACAGAGCAGCGUUCAUAAAAACCUUUCCCGUUUGGAAAGUAGUUGGCCUUCAGCCUUUGACAGUCGAAAGCAAGGUACAGGUUUUGGCUGGGUUUGUGGUAGACACAGGGCGCUUUUCAAAAUGUGGUCAGAGUUUGGUCUGGAAUGCUCUAGCUGAACUUUGCGAGUGACUCUGGACCCAACAUGCUGCCUUCUGGACUAAGUUGUUCUUUGUAUUCAGAGACAGCCUCUGCUUGGCUGUCCACAAAUCAGAUGCAGGAGCCUUUUGAAGUAAAAAAGUCCUUUGCUGUAUGACUUUUUCUACCUGGUAUAUUGAAGGGAAAUAUGUACCAACACUGUAGAAGCAUAACACAGACCCCCCAAGUGUCCCUGUUUUACAGGGAAAGUCCUGGUUUUAUAGAAGCUGUCCUGGUUUCUGAUCCCAGAAUGUCCCGCUUUUCCUUAGAACAUCCCUAUUUUCAUAGGAGAAAUGUUGGAGGGUAUAGAGUUAUGUGACCCCCCACCCCGAGCCAAGGAGAUAAGCAACUAUGCAACCUUUAGAAGACAUCUGAAGGCAGCUCUGUAUAGGGAAUUUUAAAAAAAAAUGUUUAAUGUUUUCUUAUGAAUUGGAAGCCACCCAGAGUGGGCUGGGCAACCCAGUCAGAUGGGUGGGGUAUUAUUAUUAUUAUUAUUAUUAUUAUUAUUAUUAUUAUUAUUAUUGAAUAAGACACCCCAAUUUUCAUUGGAUAAAUGUUGGAGGGUAUGAUAACACAGUGCUGUGGAGUACAAGCAGGGAGAGCGAACAGAACAUAAUGACAACAAUAUUUAAUCGCAAUGAUAACAAUUUAAUGGUAAUAGCAAAGUUGCGUUCAGCAUGAUUUCCUGUUCUUUCCCCAACACCUCUUCCCAUUCUCCCUUGAGGUUUCAUUUCUUAUUUUUCAUUUACAUUUCCCCCCCCCCCCACCAGUGAGAGAGUGUGUGUUACCUCAGUCUCACUAACCCCACUCUACCCCAAAGUUCAGUAAGGGAAACGAAAACGUAUUUGCAAGAACAAUGUACAAUCAUUAAGUAGACUUGGUAGCUUUUAGAAUUAUAUUGUUGUCUCCAAGGCCUUCUGCAUAUAUUUUUUCACGUACAAAUGAAUACCCUCUGCCUCCUUCUUUGUUGCACAUGUUCCAAUAUCGAAAAUUGUCUUUCAGAGCAUAAAAUGCUACUUUUAUUUUCAAGUCAUUGAAAUAUUUUGAGAAAGAGGCUAUGUGUGCUCAUCUUUGGGAAGAAAAAAUAUUUUGCACGUACAUUGGUGUUUCAUUCUUCCAUCUUUCUCAGAGUGUUCUUUCUGAGGUGUGAAAGAUACAUGAUGCCCUGGUGGGGUGUUUUUUUU